CGGCGCAGGAUGGCGAGCGGCAGCAGCAACGGGGAGCCGAGCACGGCGCCGCAGCCGAAUCGGUGGUACGACCUCCGAUUGGGCUCCUCCUGCCGCGACUCUUCCCCCACUGCCAAGUUCUGCACCCUACGCUGUGAGGGAGCUGCCGGCAAGAGUUCAAACCCUGGUGGCACAAAAAAGAAAAUGUCCCUUGCUGGCAACCCUAGAAAAUAGUGGCAGGGCACCAGCCUGUGGUAAUGGUGCGCGUACAUGGGUAGUGGCAGUGGUUGCCAUCCCUCGGUAAUGGUGUGGCCCUAUAUGGGUGAAGCUGGGCUUCGGCCCGUAUCUUUUCAGCUCUUAGAAGUAUGGGAGUUGCUCUUGAGACCUUGUACUUGCUCUAUAUGCCACUGGAGGAGGACAUCACUUCAGGCUGCUUAUUAUAAUCUUCUUCAUCUCAUCUUUCUCAUGGACAUUAUCCUGGGAAACAUCCAUUUACCUUUCUGCAUCCUCUCCAUCAUCACACAUGAAUUUAAGCCAGCAUCAAUUGACAAAACUCAAGCUGGGUCUCUGCAGAGUACCAAGGAUAACCGGGUUACAGUGGAAUUCCAUAAUAAUCAGCCUGGCAAGCCAAAGGCUACAUUUGAGGGAAGCCAAGAAGAGUACAAGGAUAGUGAUGGUGUCUUGUUUUUUGACGGUGAGACCUUUCGCCUGGAGAGGUUACAUCGGGCUGUCAAGAGACUAAGGUAUGUUCGAGUUCCGGGAGAGUCUGCAGCAGCUAAUUUGGCAACUACAACUACUGGAAUGGGUGCAGAAUCACAUUCUCCUCCAUUAGCUAAAGUCAGCAAGUCACAGGCCAUGAGCAAACCUGCUGUUCACGCAGUCCCAGUUGAGGUUGAGCGCAUUGACAUCGGUGAACCUGAAAAUCCAGGCCCAAGAUACAACAACAAAAGCACCACAUAUCAGCCUGUCACCACAGACUCAUUUGCCCUUUCACCUGAUCCAAAUGACGAAGAGGAGAACCUCGACAUACUUGGUGAUGAUGAUGACAAUGUCUCACCAAAUAACAUGACCUCAGGACAUGGGACAUCUGUUUGUGGUUUUGACAUCAACCUACCAGAUCAGGGCAAUAUGGACGAUGAAAUCGCUGAUGUAGAUGUAAAUGAUGAGGCUGACGAGGGGCUCAAUGCAGCCGAGGCACUGCGAGCUCAAGUGAACGCAGAAGGGGAGCAGGAGGAGCAGGACAGCUCUAGCUCUAGCGGGAGCGGGAGCAGCAGCAGCAGCAGCAGCAGCGGCAGCGGGAGCGGGAGCGGGAGCAGUGAUAGCGAUGGAAGUGAUGGUGAUUCGGCGAGCUCCGGAGCUGAUGUUGAUAUCUGAGCUUGAUAUACAAAGUUUUCUUUCGGCUUGUCUUGGUUCACGAUUUUCAUUUUUAGCAAAAGGAGCUGUAAGGUCUGAAUAUGUUGACAAAUAUCGCACAGGUACAUUGAACUAUCAUGUCAAACUUGGUUGGUCGGUUUUGUGGUUUCUAGAUCUGGCCUAGAAGCAUAGAAUUUGUAAACAGAUAUAUACAACUACAUAAGAACCGUCCAAUCUGCACUUGACUUAA